AUGUAUCUCACAUCAACUCGGCCUGACAUUUUGAAUGCUAUAAGCAUUUUAUCUCGGUUUAUGCAUUGUGCAAGUGAAUGGCAUCUCAAGGCUGCAAAGAGGGUGCUUAGAUAUGUGAAAGGUACAUGUGACUUUGGCAUUAAAUUCACAAGGAGCAAAGAGUUCAAGCUAGUUGGUUACUCAGAUAGUGAUUGGGGAGGUUCAGUAAAUGCUAUGAAAAGCACUUCAGGCUACUGUUUCACACUUGGCUCUGGUGUUUUUUCUUGGAGCUCUAAAAAACAAGAAAUUGUAGCUCAAUCUACUGCUGAAGCAGAGUUUGUUGCUGCAACAGCUACUAUUAAUCAAGCCUUGUGGCUUAGGAAGAUUUUAAUCGAUCUUAACAUGGAGUAG